GCCUACAUUUGUUAUUGAAUAAUGUCUUUCCAUACAUGAUAGGCUAAAAUCCAUUUUUGCAUUUUCGCUCUUUUAUGGACUGUACCACUUAAAUAUAUGGAGAACCAAUGCUUACGCUCAAAGUAAACUACUAGUACGGUGUUGCACGAACCCAACCCGGAACCCAAAUAUUGAAUAGGGGCUUUAGGACUUUUACAUGCAUAUGAUCUGUUUUACUAAUGUAUUGCUUUUUAUUAUGCACACACACUUGCCCUGUCUCACCAUCAGAUGGUACGGAGCAGGGAAAGACUGCCAUUUUACACACACUCCCCUUCCCCGGUCGCUUGCGAACUCCAAGUCUUAGUAAAUGUUGGGGACAAAUAUUUGUUACCACAGUGGCUUAUAAUUAAAAAAUACGUCUUAACGCAUAAUUUUUUUGUAAACACCAACCUUUGUUUACUUUCUUAAGCAACACAUCUGCCAUAACGUUAGGAAGGCACAGUGUUAGUGAAAGGACCUGGAUGGACAGCCUGGACCAUGAAACCUUGUACCUGUCUCCGGAGCAGCCUGGGCAAGCACAGCCUGAGCACUCCAUUCUUGCCCCAGAGGCUGCAAACAUGGGGGGUGGAAAAAAGAUGAAUGGGUCCUUGGACAAUCCGGACCAGCCAGACAUGGACGCCAUCAAGAUGUUUGUGGGCCAAAUUCCACGUUCCUGGUCCGAGGACCAGCUCCGGGAGCUGUUUGAGUCCUACGGAGCUGUGUACGAGAUCAAUGUUCUCCGAGACCGCAGCCAGAACCCCCCACAGAGCAAAGGGUGCUGUUUCAUAACAUAUUACACACGCAAAUCUGCCUUGGAAGCACAAAAUGCACUACACAACAUGAAGAUCCUGCCAGGGAUGCACCACCCAAUCCAAAUGAAGCCCGCCGACAGUGAGAAAAACAAUGCCGUGGAAGACCGAAAGCUGUUCAUAGGAAUGAUCUCCAAGAAGUGUAACGAGAACGACAUCAGGCUGAUGUUCUCUCCCUACGGCCAGAUCGAGGAGUGCAGAAUACUGCGCGGCCCAGAUGGACUCAGUCGUGGUUGUGCAUUUGUGACGUUCACUGCUAGACAAAUGGCCCUGUCAGCCAUCAAGACAAUGCACCAGUCACAGACAAUGGAGGGCUGUUCUUCGCCCAUUGUGGUGAAGUUUGCAGACACACAGAAGGACAAGGAGCAGAAGCGAAUGGCCCAGCAGCUCCAGCAACAGAUGCAGCAGCUCAACGCUGCCUCCAUGUGGGGCAACCUCACUGGACUCAACAGCCUGGGGCCACAGUACCUGGCACUUUACUUACAGCUGCUGCAGCAGUCAGCCUCUGCAGGGAACGCACUCAACAAUCUGCACCCUAUGUCAGGUCUGAACGCCAUGCAGAACUUGGCAGCACUAGCAGCAGCAGCAGCGGCAAGUGCCACACAGGCCACAUCCUCAGGCUCGAGCGCCAUGACAACAUCCAGCAGCCCACUCAGUAUGCUCACCAGUUCAGGCUCCUCUCCCACCUCAAGCAACAACUCAUCAGUAAACCCCAUGGCUUCUCUAGGAGCCCUCCAGUCAUUGGCUGCAGGCGCCGGAGCUGGCCUCAACAUGAGCUCACUUGCAGGCAUGGCUGCCCUCAAUGGUAGCCUGGGCAGUGGGAACCUGUCAAAUGGCUCGGGGAACACCAUGGAGGCUCUGAGCCAGGCCUACUCUGGCAUCCAGCAGUACGCCGCCGCCGCACUGCCCAGCCUCUACAACCAGAGCCUGUUGUCCCAGCAGAGUGUGUCGGCGGCAGGGAGCCAGAAAGAAGGUCCUGAAGGAGCAAACCUGUUCAUCUACCACCUUCCCCAGGAGUUUGGAGACCAAGACCUUCUUCAGAUGUUCAUGCCGUUUGGGAACGUAAUCUCCGCUAAGGUCUUCAUUGACAAGCAGACCAACCUCAGCAAGUGUUUUGGCUUCGUCAGCUAUGACAACCCGGUGUCAUCACAGGCGGCCAUCCAAUCAAUGAACGGUUUCCAGAUUGGCAUGAAGAGGCUCAAGGUGCAGCUGAAGCGCUCUAAGAACGACAGCAAGCCCUACUGAGACCGCUGAGGCGCUUUGGACUUGGUUGAGAAGGGUGCUGUUCCCUGGUAAGUGGAGUGUGAAUAAGGCCUUUUGCUUCCUGCACACCCACCCUGCCGCCCCCACUCUGCUCUCCCGUAACUCCUCCUCACCUCUUCCCUUUGUAUAUUCCAGGGUGAGUCUCUCUCUCUAUCUCGCUGUCUCUCCGUUAGGCUACGCAGGCACUGAGACCAUAGAUACACACCGCUUUCGUUUUCUUUGUUUUCUUACGUUGGUUGUUCUUUGUGGAACAAAAAAUAACUGGAUUCUUGUGAUCUGUUGGGAGUUUUGAGGGUUUAUUUAUCCUUUUUCUUUUUCAAGAUGAGAAGGAAAGGCAAGUGUUUUUUGUAAGAUGUUCUAGCAGCUUGCUGUGAUAAAUUAUACAUACAUAUAGGAAUUUAUAUAUAUUUAUACACGUUGUUCAUUACUAUUGAUGUGUUGCGCAUUGAAUUUGUUGCCAAGAUAUGCCUGUUUUUUUUUCUGCUUUCUGCUCCGUGCUUCUACCUACUAAGCGUAACCUCUCCUAAGCACACCUUACCCCAUCCCACAUCAAGAAGGAAGCUUCUCUUUACCUUUCCUAAAGAUGCUCUCUCUUCACAGUUGUGAAGAGAGAGAGCAGAAGAUAGCUGGAUUUGAUACCGCAAACAACCCCCAAAACGUCCCCUUCGUCUCUGGUCCUUCCCUCUCUAUGUUGCUCCUCCAUUGAGAAGUUUUGCACUUCAUACACCUGUGAUGGACAGGCAUAAUAGAUGAAUAUAACCAAUCGGGGAAGAGAGGAGCUGAAUGGUCAAAAAUGUGAAUUUUCUUUAGAUCUAAAUUGACUCAUCUACGCGUCUUUUUUUAUAGUUUCACAGUCUAAUAAAUUAUUUAAUAUUUGGACGAUACAGGAUAUAUUUGCUAAAUCUAUUGUGUUUUUUCCUGUUAGUCCUUGUUUGCCUUCAUCUCGGUCUGCAUUGUGUGCAGUAUGAGAAUAAUCCAUAGAUUAAUCCUAGAUUAAUGCCGCACUUGCCUUUGGCUGGUCAUUCUACAAAGUGAAGGUUGUUGGUCUGGUUCUGACUGAAAUAAACCGCUAUUUUGAAUUUGCACUUCACGAGGCGGUCAGUGGUGUUUGGUCACCAUAUAUGGGCUGUCAUUCAAUUCAAUUUUCAAUUCUGAUCACCAAAGCAGCUACACCCUUGGCCCUAUGUCAAAUGCUGCAGUGUAAAGAGAGCAAGCAUAAACAAGUCAAUUCAUCCAAAUGUCAAAACAUGAUGUUAUGGGUUAAUUUCUCUGAGUCUAUGAUAUCUGUAAUAUAGUUUAUUCUGUAUACAUUGCCAAGUGUACAUUAAUCCUUAAUGUAGUUAUGAUAUCGUACUUCUUCAGUAUAUUUGUGCUUGUCAUCAUUUGUGUUCUGAAACAAACUUGUUUGUAAGAAAUGUCCUGCUAGUUAGUAACAAAAAUUAUUGAGCAGGUUAACUGGUAACAAAUUGUUUGUUUCAAACUAUUUGUAAACGAUUUUGAUGAUCGCAUACUUAUCUACUGAAGCCUACAGUACAUUGUUUGUUUUAAACUAUUUGUUCACGCAUUUUGAUGAUCGCAUAGUUAUCUAAAUAAAUUUUGAAGAGACACGUUGUCAGUUUGUUAGACGUUCAAGAACUCUCCACAUAUUUCUAUUUUUAUUUAUUUUUUAAGCAAGGGAGAGCAAAGUAAAUGUCCAUACGAUGUAUAUUACCAACAAAAACUAUAAUGCCUUUUCUAUUUUUAUAAAGGUUUUAUACUUCGUGUGUUUGGGACCUAUAGGACGUUUCAAGUCCAGCUUCCUUAAUUAAACUCAUGGCAUGUGUCGUUAUCUAACCAUCUCAGUGUUCUCUUAUGGUGCUGUGUAAUGCCCUAAGAAGUAUGGAACUACGUGAGUAGGAUCCGCGGCAAGUGUUGCUAAUGACAAUAUCAAGCCCCCUUACCAUGCGCUGUUGUCAGUUUCCUCUUUUAUAAAACGAAAAUAACAGAAAUUAUAUCUUUCCUUCAAUUAUUAUUGAAAGGAGUACGCCGAGCUAUCUGUAAAUUGCUGUUUGUCUGUCUUGUUAAGAUUCAGAUCAGUCUUUUAAGACCAAAUUCAUACUUGUGCUUCCAGAAGAGGAGUUCACUAGCCUGGGAACCAGACAAAUAUCUAGAGCUCAUGUUUGAUUUUUCCUGCAGUUAAGGUCUUGCUCUCAUACAAAAAGAUUUCUGCCUGUUACGGGAUAGACCUACCAUUCACAACCGUUUAAGAUGAGGCAGGAUAAAUACGGGGAUAGUGCAGAGGAGCGCUGUAGAGUAAUUGUCUACAACAAAGAUGGCUGUUGCUGAUGUAUAACAGUUUGUUGAUUACGCCAGGGGUUCUAAACCACCGGGCAGCCGACCGGUACCGGGCUGCGGAGCAUUGGCCACCGGGCCACAGAGAUUUAGAAAAAAAUAUAAAGGAAACGCUUUUAUAUGCUUAUUGCAUACUGUUAACAGACGAUGAACAAGCUCAUCUUUGUUUUUAUUGGCUCGAUGUUAACACAGUAUAUCAGAAUCAGAAUCGGUUUAUUUUCGCAGAUUCUCACAUAAUAAAAACAAGGAAUUUGACUUGGUAAAAAUAGAUGGCUAGUCUUGCCAGGGACCUAGUAAAUAAGUCAUAAGUUAAUUAAAGGAUAGGGUGCUCACAUGGUGGAGAGGGGGGCGGGAUGGUGGUGUGUGUCUGUGUGUGGUGGCUGUGCAGGGGAAGAAACUGUUCUUGUGGCGGGAAGUCCUGGUCUCCUGCCGGAGGGGAGUGUCUGAAAAAGACACUGGCCGGGAUGGGAGGGGUCGGACGCCUUCUUCUUUUACCCUCCCUAGGGUCCUGGAGGGGUGCAGGCUAAGCAGAGAGGGCAGGCUGCAGCCACUUGCCCUCUCAGCAGUGUGGAAGAUGCGCUGCAGUCAGUGUGCAGUCUUUCCUCGUCCCUCGCUGUGACAGCUGGGCACCAGACUCGGAGGGAGGAUGUGAGGAUGGACUCUAGGGUGGCUGAUUAGAAGUGAACCAGCAUUGAAAAGGCCAGGUUGCAUUUCCUCAGCUGCCGAAGAAAGUAGAUCCUCAUGCCUACCCAGAAAGACAUGCUGCUUCCUGUCGGACAGGAGUCAGUGAUCCACCUGCAGGUUGAGUCAGGCACAUUUCACUUGGGGGAGUUUGUCCUGCAACCUAGCCGGGAUAAUGGUGUUAAAGGCAGAACCAAAGUCCACAAAGAGUAUCCUAGAAUAGGUGCCAGUAGCGUCCAGGGUGCCAUUUUGACUGUCAUCCACAGACCUGUUUGACCUAUAGGCAAAUUGCAGGGGAUCCAGAUGGGGGUUGGUGAUGGUUUUGAGGUGAGACAGCACAUGGCGUUCAAAGGUUUUCAUGGCUACAGUGGUCAGGGCUAUAGGUCUGUAUUCAUUAAGGCCUGUGAUCUUUGCUUUUUUAGGCACAGGGAUGAUGGUUGAGGCCUUGAAGCAGGCUGCCACCUGAUUUGUCUCUGAGGUGUUAAAGGUGUCAGUGCACACCUCAGACAGUUGGGCUGCACAGUGCCUCAGGGUGAAUCCCCUUGCGGGGAUCUGCCUCUCAAACAGUAUGUUCACAUCUCUCAAGUAUGGAGAGAGAGGCGGAGGUGGUGGGGGGGGCACCUAGAGUGACAGGCAGAGGAGGUUCAGGGUUUGGGGACAGGGUGGUUGAGCAGGAAGGUGGGGUGGUAGGGUCAUUACAUUUCCUGUCAAAGGCAGUCAGUCAUUUAGGCAGUUGGCAAGUUGGUGUGAGUCGUUGGUGAUGGUAUUGGUAGAUUUGGCUGAACCC